AUGGCCAAGAAAUCGAAGGCGCGUGUGGCUGUGAAGCCUGCGCCCAGCAGCAGCAGCAGCUCGUCGGACUCGAGCAGCGACGAAGCGCCACCGAAAAAGGUUGUCGCCGUGGCCAAAAAGGGCAGCAAGGCGGCACCGAAGAAGCCCGUGGAUAGCUCGUCUUCUGACUCGAGUUCCAGUGAAGAGGAGGCACCGAAGAAGGUGGUGGUGACCAAGAAGCCUGUUGCCAAGAAGGAAGAGAGCUCGGACACUUCCUCGGACGAGGAGGAGGAAGAGGAAGCUCCGAAGAAGGUCCCAGUGGCCAAGAAGGAGAGCUCGGACUCGAGCUCGGACUCUUCUUCGGAAGAAGAGGCCCCAAAGAGGGUUGUUGCCGCGUCAAAGAAGGUUGUUGCCAAGAAGGAGGAGAGUUCCGACUCGAGUUCGGACUCUUCGUCCGAUGAGAAGGAGACUUCUAAGAAGGUAGUUGCCCCACCUACUAAGAAAGCGGUUGCCAAGAAGAAAGAGAGCUCUGACUCGAGUUCUGAUUCGUCCUCGGACGAGGAAGACGUGAAACCAGCUGCUAAGGCUAAGGCUGUUGUUGCAAAGAAGGAGGAGAGCACGUCCAGCUCGGACUCUGACUCUUCGGAUGACAGUGAGGAGGUGAAGUCUGUUGCCAAGAAGGCUGUUGCCGCCAAGAAGAAGGAGUCUGCUUCUUCAUCGUCGGACUCGGAUUCGUCUUCCGACGAAGAGGAGGAGACUACCAUUGUGUCGAAGAAGCGUAAGAAGUCGGACGCUGGUGAAAAGUCGAACAAGGUGCACAAGCAGGAGAAUGGGGAUGCAGCUGCUAUGGCAAACCCGCAAAAGGCUCUUGAGAUCUUCAUUGCUGGUCUGCCGUGGGCUGCCACCGAGGAGGAAGUGACGGAAUACUUUGCCGGGUGUGGUGAAGUUACUAGUGCACGCAUCCCGCAGCAGAAUGGCCGGUCAACGGGUACAGCGUUCGUGACGUUCGCAACUCCCGAGGCUGCUGAGGCUGGUCUUGCAUUAGACGGCCAGGACUUUGGUGGUCGGUGGUUGAAGAUCCGCACGGCGGAGAAGAAGAACAUGUUUGAUGAGAAGCCAGAAGGAUGCACGAGUGUGUUCAUUGGCAACCUCAGCUGGGAUGUGGACGAGGACAUCAUACGCGAGACGUUUGGCGAAUGCGGAGAGAUCCUCAGCUGUCGUCUCGCAACUGACCGCGAGACGGGAGAGUUCCGUGGCUUUGGACACGUGGAUUUUGCCACGACCGAGGCUGUGGACGAAGCGGUCAAGCUUGCUGGCACGUACGUGAAUGGACGCAACAUUCGCGUCAACUAUGCGAAAUCACGCGACCAGAAUGGCGGUGGUGGUGGCGGUGGCCGUGGCAGUUUUGGUGGCCGUGGAGGUGGUCGCGGUGGCGGUCGUGGUGGCCGAGGAGGUUUUGAUGGUGGUCGUGGUGGUGGUCGUGGCUUUGGUGGACGUGGUGGAGGUCGAGGUGGUGGUCGUGGUUUUGGUGGACGUGGUGGAGGCCGCGGUGGGGGUCGUGGAGGCCGUGGUGAUGGUCCACCCAAGCGUCAACCGUCUUCUAUCCAGAACUUCCAGGGCUCGAAGGUGACAUUCGACUAA